AUGGCGGAGGCGCGGCCCGGGCCGGCGGGGCUGCAACUCAGCGCGCUGCCCGACCACUCGCCGCUGCUGCAGCCCAGCCUGGCCGAGCUGCGGCGCCGGACCGGGGCGGCGGGCGCUCCGCUGGCGGGGCGGCUGCUCAGCGACGCCUUUCUGCUGCGGUUCCUGCGCGCCCGGGACUUCGAUCUGGACCUGGCCUGGCGGUUACUUAAAAACUAUUUUAAGUGGAGAGCAGAAUGUCCAGAAAUAAGUGCAGAUCUCCACCCUAGAAGCAUCCUCGGCCUCCUGAAGGCGGGCUAUGUCGGUGUCCUGAGAGCCCGAGACCCCACCGGCAGCAAAGUUCUGAUCUACAGAAUUGCACACUGGGACCCGAAAGUUUUCACAGCUUAUGAUGCAUUUCGUGUGAGUCUCAUCACGUCGGAGCUUAUUGUCCAGGAGGUAGAGACACAGCGGAAUGGAAUCAAGGCUGUCUUUGAUUUGGAAGGCUGGCAGUUUGCUCAUGCCUUUCAAAUUACCCCCUCUGUAGCCAAGAAGAUUGCUGCUGUUCUCACAGAUUCCUUUCCAUUAAAAGUUCGUGGUAUCCAUUUGAUAAAUGAGCCAAUAAUUUUCCAUGCUGUUUUUUCCAUGAUUAAACCAUUUCUGACUGAAAAAAUUAAGGAACGGAUUCAUAUGCAUGGGGACAACUACAAGCAAAGCUUACUCCAGUAUUUCCCAGACAUUCUUCCACUGGAAUACGGUGGUGAAGAGUACUCCAUGGAGGACAUCUGUCAGGAGUGGACAAAUUUUAUAAUGAAGUCGGAAAAUUAUCUCAGCAGCAUUUCACAGACAGUUAAAGGAGAAGAAGUUAUUUAA